AUGCCCGAAGCGAACUCGGACUUUUCGGACAUUUCUCUUUCCGGAAGUGAAGCAAGCACCGAUCUUUCUGAAAUCAAGGAGGACAAAGUUUUCUUGACAUCUUCGGACUCCUCCCGUGAUUCUUCGGAGGGCGAGUCGACUGAAAAUGUCCGAAAACGCAACCAUUGUGACAUAGCAGGACUCAAGAAAAUCAUUCUGAAUCAUUUGCGCCCAACAGAUCGCAAUAUAGUCAGCAAAAAGAAAGAGUCAAGCAAUUCAGUCGAAGAGGCCAAGAUUGUGCCGGAAGUAAGCAAGCAGGACUCGCUGGAAGAUGCUUCAGAUGCGAAGAGAAUGUGCUACAGACACUCGGAGUCAACCGACUCCAUGAUCAGCUCGCCUGAUUCCGAGUACGAGCUCGAUCCAUUGAUCAUCGAUGCAUCGAAUUAUUUGGAUGAAAUGUUGACCGAAGAGGAAUUUAACAAGGCUUUUACGAGAACAAAUCGCCGGGUCGCUCUUAGAGGAUUUCCAGAAAAGACUAAUCGGGAUGAUAUUAUGUGCUUGUUGGCAAAAAACGACUUGGAAUUCGAUACUGUUCAUAUGGAUAAAAAUGGCGCCUCGUGUAAGGUCUUAUUCAAAAACGAGGAAGAGGCAAGAAAAUGCAAGCUUUUAGCAAGUGAGCUUGGAAAAGAUUGGAAUUGGGAUCUUGUUUGGAGGAAUACUGAGUCUAAUUUUAUGAUUUGUGUGUCCCAUUUACCCCUUCACUGGACGGAAGAGGAGCUGAACAAACUUGUUUAUCCAUUUGGUGGAACAGAAAAGUGUUUCAUGGUCAAGUCUAAAUAUCUUGAUGGUCAGUCAAUGGGUUACGCCUUUCUUGAAUUCACUUGCAAAUCAUCUGCGAUUCGGAUAAGAAACGAGCUUCAUAACUCUCCGGUUGAAGGAGCGAUCCAUAGGAUACAAGUGCACUGGGUCGAUCGUGUUCAUGAUGUGUUCAAGAGUUAUGAAAACGUCUAUAGUAAAGUUUUGUUUAUUUCACUGCCGACUGUUGAUAACUUCAAGUUAUGGGAUCUCAUAGGAACAAUAAGGAAUCAUGAAAGACCAAUCUACAUUGCCAGAGUUAACAUUGAAGAUCCAAAGAACAAGUAUUUGAUUACCGAAUACAAUACGCCCGAGAAAGCUGCCCGUGCCCAUCGUUUUAUUCAAGAAUCUGAUGAUUUUAACCAAGUCUCCUUUUGUGUUCCUCACUAUUCCGCUAUUGUUAUUCAGAAGUCAUUUGAAACUGUCUACGAUAAAUUCAACGAUUUUACCAAAAAUGAUGCCUCCUUCAGUCUUUUAAAGACUCCGCCCAGAAGAAGCCUACCUAGAGAAAUCUUAGCUCCCAGAAGUGAAAAAACAACGAUGGCAUCAGCUCCAAUUAGCUGUAGCACUCCAGUAGUCAUCCAAAAUGGCUUUUAUCAUGCAAAUAUAACCAACUCUAAUAGCCGAUUUUCGUCUCAAAAAGAUGGUUUUUCGAGUCGAACUCAAACAUACUAUGCCUACCAAACUGUCUGUCCAAAUCCAAAUAUGAUUACACCUGCAAUGAACACUCAAAGCUGCCAGCCUACAUUUUCAGCCGAACACCGAUCAAACUACCAAACCGCCCAAUUUCAAGCCGUCAAUGCCCACUUCAUUCAUGCUGCUGGAGGUACCACUGCUUCUGCCCCACAAUUCAAGCCCGCGCAUAACUAUUCACGAAAUUCUGCCGUGCAGAACAUGCCCAUUUCUUAUCACAAUGCCGUUUCAUACGCUCGACAAUCCCAAUAUCCAGUAAAAGACAGAAGCCUUUGUCAGGAUCUCUUCAACGUUGGCACCACUGAUCCUGUCACUAAUCAUCGACUGGCUCAAGAAAGAAGCCGUAAAAUGGAGGAAGAGAAGGCGAUAAGAAUGAGAGAGCGUUGCAGAAUGCAGCAAGCAUUCCGCCGCGCCGAACAACAAAUUUACGCCAAGAAGGCAUCGAUGCAACUCAAUCGCCCCUAUUCCAAUCUUUUUCAAAGCAACUCGGCUCCCUCUUAUUACGAUUUUCAUCAAGUUGAAACUGCCUCGUGUGUGUCAUUCGCAACCGAAUCAGUACAGGAUUCGCCAAAGUCGAGCAACUAUCUUGGCGACAAACUCAUGAAAAGCUUGGAUCUCGUCAGCCCAGAAAAGAACCCUCUUUCGUUUCAACCAAAUUCUACUGCAUCUAUCAAGUAUGACCACGCAUUCAACUCCGGAUCACCAGCCCUUCACACUGGUUUUUCCGGCUAA